CUGGAACAGCUCCUCGGUGCUGAAAUCGCUUCAACACAGGCAACGAGCGACGCGGAGGGGGGGGGAACGAAAAAAAAUCAUAAAAAAGGGGACCAUAAUAUAUCUGGCACGGCCGGAAAUCGAAACAAAGACUUCGAGACAGAUGGCUGCCACUCAGGAUGCAAAAGGGAAAGGGGAGGGCGGCGACCAAAACUUUGACUACAUGUUCAAGCUGCUGAUCAUCGGCAACAGCAGCGUGGGCAAGACGUCCUUCCUCUUCCGCUACGCUGACGACGCCUUCACCUCGGCCUUCGUCAGCACCGUGGGCAUCGACUUCAAAGUGAAAACGGUGUAUAAAAACGACAAGAGGAUCAAGUUGCAGAUAUGGGACACAGCAGGCCAAGAGCGAUACAGGACCAUUACCACGGCAUACUACCGCGGCGCCAUGGGCUUCAUCCUCAUGUAUGACAUCACCAACGAGGAGUCCUUUGGCGCUGUGCAAGACUGGUCAACCCAGAUAAAAACAUACUCGUGGGAUAACGCGCAAGUGGUGCUGGCCGGGAAUAAGUGCGAUAUGGAUGAGGAGCGGGUGGUGUCUGUGGAUAGUGGGAGGCUGCUGGCGGAGCAGUUGGGUUUCGAGUUCUUUGAGACCAGUGCCAAGGACAACAUCAAUGUCAAGCAGACUUUCGAGCGUCUGGUUGACCUCAUUUGUGACAAGAUGUCCGACAGCUUGGACGGCGACCCGACCGCCACCACGGGAGCGCCCACCGCCAAACUGACAGACAGUGCUCCGCCCCUCCAGCAGCCCGCCUGCAACUGUUAGUGCCCCUGCCUUUUUUUUUAAAUUCCUCUUGUCAUCUUGUCCCCCCUAAUCUGUUUAGUGGUAGAGUUACUAAACACUGUCGUAUUAGCGCCUUACCUUUAACACCUUCUAACAUGAGCAAAUAAGUCGUGACAGGAUAUACUCAUAUUAGAGACGCAGUCAAAAACCGCCAUGUUUGUAGUCUAUAGUCAUCGGUAACUAAUCAUAGUGAUAAUUUUGUGUACCUCUUCAUUUCCAAUCUUGUAAGGCUGACAAAUAUGUGAAUAUAGGCGCUCAAGGAGGCUGUGUGUGACUGAGAAAGAACAAAACUGUACGAUGAGGAAUCACCUACCUUGGAUUUUUUUUUUUUUAAAGUGGCCUUUUAGCAUUUCCAACAUGGCCUCUGUCCUGUGUGUCGCUGUCCAAAAGAGGCCCUUUACAUGAUCUUAGCAUGCUGCUAAAAAAGCCAAUCCAGUGUGUUGUUUAUGUUCCUAAAUGCAGCCAUGGUAACCUGACCAUGCUGUAUUCCAGACUGCUGGGUAGUAGGAAACACAAUACUUCCGGGUUCCGGUUCAACAACAAAGAUGGCGACUAGUUGUUCUCAUGACCAGUGUAUUAAAGUAUAAAAACCUCACACAGAGCUACUGCGCUAUAUUUGUAAUUCUUAACUGGCUUAUUGUCAAACAAAUAAAUACAUACAUACACAUGUAUGUUGGAUAUAUACGCUGACAUUUCGCAUUCACAAUGGGCGCCGCCAUCACAGUGUGACGUCAUGAGCGUAGCCAUAGCGACUUUGAACGAAAUUUUCCGACUUCCCAGUUGUCUUAAACAUAGCAUUAACAACACAUAAACGAGUCAGAAUUGUCUAAUAGAAAUGACACAGACACAGCAAAAUAAGAUACACACCUGUGGUGGAGGAAUCGACAGCCAUAGUUUCCUUCCGGAGUGAGCAUGCUCAUUGUUCAUAGAGCAAGCGCUCCCUCUAGUGGGUGCGUUCAGCACUGCAAGUGAACUCUCGUGUCCAAAUUGUACUGUAGUUUAUUUUAAAUAUCCAGAAAAGGCCUUUUGUUCUAUAGAACACUUGCAAUCAAUUAAAUAAUUGUGCCAAAAGAAGACAAAAAAUAUAUAGUCCCUUAGCAUUGUUGUUUGUUGCAUAGUUUAUCAUAGCUGCAGGAAAUUGCAUGAAGUAUGUUUAAAUUCUGGUAUAAAUAUAUGUGUAUAUAUAAAUAUAUAAUAUUAACACUAUGUAACAGAUUUAAAAGCAUGCUCACAGCACUUGCUGUGACAUGCAAUGGGCCAAUAAGUGCAAUAUUUUAUGAAUUCAAACCCUGUAAAUAGUCUCUCCAGUUUGAUGAAUGCAUUGUGUGUGUGUGCGAUUGUGGGGGAAUACGAGGAGUAGUGAGUUGUUUGUGUACACCUUUUUUUUUUAAGAAAAAAAAGAUGUCUUCCCUGCCACGUGUCGAUUGUGUUCUCGAUGUUGUUGUGAAGAAGUCGGAAAGAGAAAGUAGCUCAGAUUAAUAAUAAGCCACACAAUUAAAGGGAUCAACUAGACUUUGUGCAUGUGCGUGUGUGUGUGUGAUAUUAGCAUUUGAUGCCAAUAGCCAUGUGUCAAUCUCAAGUGAAAAUAAAGUGGAAUAAUGAAAUAAAUAGGGCCAAGUGUCAUUUUCGAGCAUGGGGAUUUUAUUAUUGACACAGAGGAAAUGUUUGUCAACGUAAUGUUUUUUUUUUGACAUUGUAGGAAAUAAAACUAAUUCAAUCAUUUGG